AAAAGACGAGACACAGCCAGGAAAGAGCCCCUCCAUUAUGGGCAUACUAGUGGUUGAUCGCCUGUUCUUUGGGGAAAUUGGUGCUCUGGAUGGUGGUAUGAAGAUCUAUGGAGGUGAAAAUGUUGAACUGGGCAUCCGGGUGUGGCUGUGUGGUGGAAGUGUCGAGGUCAUACCUUGUUCUAAAAUAGCCCACAUCGAAAGGGCCCAUAAACCCUAUCUCCCAGACCUGAGCAUUACAAUGAAGAGGAAUGCUCUGAGAGUGGCUGAGGUCUGGAUGGAUGAAUACAAACAUAAUGUCAACAUCGCCUGGAACCUCCCACUGAAGGAUCAUGGCAUAGACAUUGGGGAUGUUUCAGAGAGGAAGAAGUUGAGAAAGAGUCUGAACUGCAAACCCUUCCAGUGGUAUCUGGACAAUGUGUAUCCAAUGUUAGACCCCCUGGGUGACUUGCUUGGUUAUGGAGCUCUGGUCAAUGACCUGAAGACGGAUCUCUGUAUAGAUCAAGGCCCAGUUCCGGGGAACACACCUAUUUUAUAUGGAUGUCAUUAUUUUAGUCCACAGAACUGUUAUUAUCGAGCCAGCGGGGAGAUCUACAUUGGAGGCAUCAAGUCUCACAAGUACAACAGUAAUCGCUGUCUGAUGGACAUUAGCACUCAAACCCCAGGACUGUAUGAGUGCAAGGAGGCCAAGCAGAAGGGAUUCCACAUGCUCUGGGAAUUUCAACAGGGAAAAGCCAUCCAGAACAGACAGACAAAGAGAUGUCUGGAGAUUGCCCCAGGGGAGGACACUUUCUACCAGCUCAUCAUUCAGGAGUGCAGUGGGCAACACUGGAAAAUACGGAAUUUGAUAAAAGACUUCUGAUACACUGAGAUAGUUAGGCCGACUGUACCAGAGACAAUGCAGCGGGGCUGUAGGAGUUAUCCUGCAAUUAUAAGCAAGUGGGAAGUUGGUAUUUACCACAAACGAUUGGUAAAAAUCCAGGCCGACUGUACCAGAGACAAUACAGCAGGACUAUAGGAGUUGUGCCGCAAACAUAAACGAGUGGGAAAGUGGGACUUACCACAUACGAUUCGUAAAAUCCACUUGAACACCCAUCCAACUCGUCUAUCAUCCCUGAGAUUCAACAUCUCCCAGAUGCUGAGCUCUGACGUCACCUACUAAGGAAAUUACCUUUUUAACGGCAUUAUCAGCAUCCAUCCACUCAAAUGCAACAACAAAACAUUAUUUACACUAAGUUUUUGAACACUAUCAUUUUUGUACAAUCAUGAUAGCUGUACUUACAGUUUAUGGUUGACGCAGCCUGUUGGCCAUUAGCCAAUCUGAGUUUCUCAACAAGUUGAAAGCACGUGAAUGCAUUCCACUGAUAUUUACGACUUCCCAACUGGUAAUUACCACCUUCCCACUUCUUUAUGAACAUAGCAUUAUCAUGACGCUUUGAAAAGCCAAUCAGUGGUCAGCAGUGAGAUGACUGUGUGAUCUUAGUGAGCUGUUGGUUGAACAUAGCUUCAUGGGGACAGAUUUACAUUUUUUUCACAGAAUGUGGAAUUCUGUUGAGCUGUAUUGUCCUUGGUCCUGAAUGUAAUUGCAAAGAAAUAAUAAAUAUGAUUCCUGUAUUUACGCUCA